AGGGAGAAGCUAAACAAGCAAAAAGUUUCCUCUGACUGGCGAAAAGAGGAGUCGACAUGGAUGAAAAGGAGCUGUUUGUGUGAGCCAACCAAGAAAGGGACCGGCGAAAACUUUGUCCGCACGGUCAAAGAAUGAUAACAUAGACAGCGGCUUUACGGCGUGUUUGUAUGAGAGGACGCGAAAAAGUUAAAGUGUGGGAAAGUUUGGAAGCGAGAGGGGGGCCGAGGCUGGAGCUAUGGCGCGGGAGAGCGAAGGCACCGGGACGGCCAAAGCUCCCAGGAGCAGGCGGCAGAGGAAGAAGAAGAGCAAGGAGAACAAAACCAGGACGAUCCACGCAAACACGCUGUACGAGCACGCCAAGGGAGAGGAGAACCCCAACAGACACUACGCCAGCAACAAGAUAAAGACCACCAAGUACACCGUGCUGUCAUUCCUGCCCAAGAACCUCUUCGAGCAGUUCCACAGGUUCGCCAAUGUUUACUUCGUCUUCAUCGCGCUGCUCAACUUCGUCCCGGUGGUCAACGCUUUCCAGCCCGAGCUGGCCCUGGCUCCGGUGGUCUUCAUCCUGUCCGUCACCGCCAUCAAGGACCUGUGGGAGGACUACCGGAGGCACCGGUCCGACAAGGAGAUCAAUCACAUGGACUGUCUGGUCUACAGCAGAGCGGAGAGACGUUACGUGGAGAAAUACUGGAAGGAGGUUCAAGUGGGAGACUUCAUCAGACUGCGCUGCAACGAGAUCCUCCCCGCUGACGUCCUCCUGCUGAGCUCCAGUGACCCCGACCGCCUGUGCCACAUCGAGACCGCUACGCUGGACGGCGAGACCAACCUCAAGCAGAGGCAGGUCGUCCGCAGCUUUUUCGACCUGGACUGCGAGUUCGACCCGUUGAAGUACACCAGUGUAAUCGAAUGUGAAAAGCCAAACAACGACCUGAACAGAUUCAGAGGCUACAUAGUCCACCGGAGUGGCAGAAGAGAUGCACUUUACAAAGAGAACCUGCUGCUGCGAGGCUGCACCAUCCGCAACACAGAGGAGGCUGUGGGAAUCGUCAUUUAUGCAGGUCACGAGACCAAAGCCAUGCUGAACAACAACGGCCCACGUUACAAGCGCAGCAAACUGGAGCGACAGAUGAAUGUAGAUGUGUUCUGGUGUGUCAUCAUCCUGCUGGUCAUGUGCCUGUUCGCUGCCGUUGGUCACGGGUUGUGGAUGUUUCAGUACGGAGAUAAGAGACCCGUGUUUGACGUUCUCAGCCCGGAGGGGACAGACUUAUCGCCCAUCAUGUCGGCCAUUUAUCUCUUCCUCACUAUGAUAAUCGUCUUUCAGGUGCUGAUACCCAUCUCCCUUUUUGUGUCGAUUGAGAUUGUCAAGAUCUGCCAAGUGUACUUCAUCCAUCAGGACAUGGAUCUGUACGACGAGGAGACAGACUCUCACCUGCAGUGCAGAGCACUUAAUAUCACUGAGGAUCUGGGCCAGAUGCAAUACAUCUUCUCUGACAAGACCGGCACGCUGACGGAAAACAAGAUGGUGUUUCGACGCUGCACGGUGGCAGGGGUGGAGUACUCCCACGAUGCAAAUGCUCGAAGGCUCGCCAUGUACCAGGAAAUGGAUUCGGAAGAAGAAGAGUGCACGUCCCACGGUGGCACCCUGCCCAGACGGGACAGCGUGACCAGCCACCAGAGCGCCCGGGUGGUGCUGCGCUCCCAGAGCACCAAGUCGCACCGCAGGACGGGCAGCAGGGCGGAGGCGAAGCGGGCCAGCAUCCUCUCCAAGCACACGGCCUUCAGCAGCCCGAUGGAGAAAGACAUCACCCCUGAUCCCCAGCUAUUAGAGAAAGUCAACGAAUGCAGCAGCCGGAUGGACUUCAUGCGCUUUCAGAGCCAGUCCAUGUCCCAGCUGCCCUCUGACCUCUCCGACAUCAUCGAUUUCUUCAUCGCUCUCACUAUCUGCAACACCGUAGUGGUGUCCUCUCCCAAUCAGCCCAGGCACAAGGUCCGGAUGAGGUUUGAGCUGAAGUCGCCGGUGAAAACCAUCGAGGACUUCAUCAAGCGCUUCACUCCCAGCCGACUGACCUCCGGCUCCAACAGCAGCAGCUCCUCCAGCCUCGUCACCAACCGCUCCUCCAACAAGGGCUGCUCCAGCCUGCUGUCGUCCCCGUCCGCCGAGAGCACGCUCACCAAGCUGCACGAGGAGCUGCCCCGCCCGGAGGGCCUGGAGCACGCCUUCAGCCCCGUCCCGCCCUACUACGACGGCAAGGCCUCCUGGAGCCUGGAGGAGGGCGAGCUGCGCUACGAGGCCGAGUCGCCCGACGAGGCGGCGCUGGUCUACGCGGCCCGGGCCUACAAGUGUUCCCUGGUGGGGCGCCUCCCUGACCAGGUGACCGUGGAGCUGCCUCACCUCGGGAAGCUGAGCUUCGAGCUGCUGCACACGCUGGGAUUCGACUCCACCAGGAAGCGCAUGUCCGUGGUGGUCCGGCACCCGCUCACCGACCAGAUCACGGUCUACACCAAAGGAGCCGACUCGGUCAUCAUGGACCUCAUCAAACCGCCCGACACAGGCAGUUCCAAAGGAAAGCGUCAGAAGAAGAUCGUGGGCCGGACUCAGAACUACCUGAACCUGUACGCUGCCGAUGGCCUCCGUACGCUGUGCAUUGCAAAGAAGAUUCUGAGCAAAGAGGAGUAUGCCUGCUGGCUGCAGCGCCACCUAGAGGCGGAGACGGCCAUUCAGGGAAGAGAAGAGCAGCUCUUUGAGUCGGCCUUGCGACUCGAGACUAACCUUCAGCUUCUGGGCGCAACCGGCAUCGAGGAUCGACUGCAGGACGGCGUGCCUGAAACCAUCGCCUCGCUGCGACAGGCCGGUCUGCAGAUAUGGGUGCUGACGGGCGACAAACAGGAGACGGCCGUCAACAUCGCCUACGCCUGCAAGCUGCUGGACCCCGAGGAAGAGAUCCUCACUCUGAACGCAGACUCUCAGGAGGCGUGUGCGCAGUUGCUGGAGGAGAGUUUGCACUACAUCCAGGCCAAAUUCCUCUGCGACUCCCCCGAUGGAGCCGCCAAGGCCCUCCACACUGGCUUUGCUCCCUGUGAGAUCUACUCCUCCUCAUCUCCGUCCUCCCACUCCGCUCCCUUCCUGGUGCACCGGCUGGGCCUGGUAAUUGAUGGGCGUACUUUGGCCUAUGCCCUGGAUAAAAGCUUGGAAGAUAAGUUCCUGGCGGUAGCGCGGAGCUGCCGGUCCGUCCUGUGCUGCCGCUCCACGCCGCUGCAGAAGAGCAUGGUGGUCAAGCUGGUGCGGAACAAGCUGAAGGUCAUGACCCUGGCGAUAGGUGACGGCGCCAACGACGUCAGCAUGAUCCAGGUGGCGGACGUCGGCGUCGGGAUCUCGGGACAGGAGGGCAUGCAGGCGGUGAUGGCGAGCGACUUUGCGCUCCCACGUUUCCGGUAUCUCCAGAAGCUGCUGCUGGUCCACGGGCAUUGGUGCUACUCCAGGCUGGCCAACAUGAUCCUCUACUUCUUCUACAAGAACGCCAUGUUCGUGGCGCUCAUCUUCUGGUAUCAGUUCUACUGUGGAUUCUCAGGCUCGGCCAUGAUCGACCAGUGGUAUCUCAUCUUUUUCAACCUGAUGUUCUCCGCCUUCCCACAACUCAUCACUGGCACGCUGGACAAAGACGUGUCGGCAGAGACGCUCCAGCAUCUACCUCAGCUCUACGUCAACGGCCAAAACUCCGAGGAAUAUAAGCCAUAUAUGUUCUGGAUGAACAUGAUCGAUGCCUUCUACCAAAGCCUGGUCUGCUUCUUCAUCCCUUACUUUGCGUACGCGGACUCCGACGUGGAUCUGUUUACAUGGGGGACCCCCAUCACCACCAUCGCCUUACUCACCAUUCUGCUGCAUUUGGGCAUUGAGACGAAGACAUGGACCUGGAUGAACUGGCUGUCCAUCGCCUUCAGCAUCACGCUGUUCUUCACCGUUGCCCUCUGCUACAACGCCUCCUGCCCCACCUGCUACUCGCCCUCCAACCCCUACUGGACCAUGCAGAGGCUGCUGCAGGACCCCCUCUUCUACCUGCUCUGCCUCAUCACGCCCAUGUCGGCGCUCCUGCCUCGAUACUUCUACAGGGCGUGUCAAGGCACGCUGUUUCCCAGCCCGGUCCAGGUCGGGAGGCAGCUGGACAGACUCCCGACCGACACCCUCAGGAACAUCCUGAGCCUGAGCGGCGUCGCCGCGGGGCUGCCGCUCGUCUCCAAGACGCCCCUCCUCUCCCUCGCCAAGCCCUGGCCGAGAGGCUGCAGUAAAGAGGACCAGAGGAGCCAGACCUCCAGACCAGGGCCGGGUUUACAGACCGACGAGGAGAAGGGCGGCCUCUCCGGCCCUUACUCACCGGCUCCCUCCGAAGGAAGCACCCUUCCCUACACCAAAGACGCUCCGCCGCCCGCCGAGCCGCGGACGCCGUCAGCCAAAGACUCGGAGUGCCUGGAAAAGAGCGAGGAGUUGUCGGACCCGAGCGCGUCCGGCUGGGUCACCUCCACGCCGCUGCUCGCCAAGGCCGACAGCGUCCAGCUGAGCCUGCCGCCCGGCGGAGCCCCGCGCUGCGUCAAGUACACCAGGACGGCCGAGGAAGGUCUGCAGACCCGCGUGCGGCCGGCGCACAGGACAGAGUCCGCCGCGGCGCCGGCGCAGUCGCCACACGCCGCCACGUGAAGUCUUACGGACCCGCACAUGAUGCUCCAGGCUCUCAAUUUGCACGAUAGGUUUUUAAAAAUCUAAUUCUAUUUUUUUCGAGGAGAUUCUUUUUAUGAAAAGAUGCAAAUAGGUACUGUAUAUUUUGGAUGUGAGAUAGUUUAGAGGUUUGGGAGCAGGAAGAACUGGAAACGCUCCCGUCUGUUCUAAUGUUUGCUGAAUCCUGGGAAGUUUGGAUUCCACAGAAAGAAGCAUCUCAUCAGGGUUUUUUUUUGAUACGUGGACGAGUCGAAACAUUCCAGUGCUGGGUUUAUCUAGGAUUCUUGUUUUCUCUCUGAUACGGUACCCCGUUCAUUCCUUCAGCUUCGGCCUGUAGACCUGCAGCCGACGCCACUGCGGCCUUCAACCGCUGCCGGUCGCACUCCUGCAGAGAGAAGUUUUUACAUUGUGAGCGCGUUUUAAGAGGAUUUCCACACACACCAAAGUUUUUCUAUUUACAUAAUGCAAAGAGAGGCAUUGUCCCAGUGCACGUUUUAGUCUUGUUGCUGGAUCUACAAACUUUGCUUCUUUGUUUUU